ACGCCGUCCAUUCAGCAGUUGAACGGGUAGCUGGACAACUGCAGACACACAAAUGUAAAUCCGUUGUUUUAGUUAUUACACAUUUUUUUAGCCUAUAGAAAUAGUUUUAAGCAUAUUAGCUCUCUGCAGUGACAACAUGAGGGUGAGUGAGGUCCAUGCUGCAGAGUCUGUUGCCUACCUCAACAGAGCACUGGUCAGGCUGCAGGAUAUUUGGGAAGAAAUUGGGAUCCCAGAGGAGCAACGAGUACAGAGAACCAAUGAUGUUCACAAGCACAUUAAAGGUUUGCUUGACCUCAUGAUUGCUGAAGAAGAGGAGCUCAAAAAGAGACUCCUGAAAAGCAUAGAGUCCUGUCAUAAAGAGCUGAGUCAUUUGUGCAGUGAGCUUCAGCUGCCCCCUUUUGAGGAGGAGAAUGGCUGCACCAUGCUGCAAAUAGAGAGAAACAGCCGCACGCGUCUAGAAGUGAUGAAGGAGCAUAAGAAGCAAAGAAUGGAUGAGCUUAAAGGCCUAAUUAGCAAAGACAGUGAGCUGUGUGAUAUUAUGUGCACUACACCAUUUUGCAUUGACCCAGAGUCCAUCCCGUCAGUGAAGCAGCUGGAGUCAUAUCGUGCCUACCUGGAUGAUCUGACAAAGGAGAAGGAGCGUCGUCAUUAUGAGUUCGUCAGUGUCAAAAAGGAGAUCAGCACAUGCAUGGAGGAUUUGGAGCGGCAGCCAGAGACCAGUUUUGAGAUGGAUGUGAUGUGUGAAGAUGAGGAGGCAUUUUGUUUGUCCAGUGACAACAUUGCUGCUCUGAAACAACUCCUCAGUCAGUUACAAGAAGACAAGGCACAGAAUGAGCUCCGCUGCUCAGCUCUCCGUACAAAGAUCCAGGAGCUGUGGGAAAGACUUCAGAUUCCCCAUGAGGAGAGGGCAGCCCUUUCAGAGCAUAUGGUCAAGUCAAAAAAGAGAAACAUUGAGGCACUCCAGGCCGAGGCCCAGCGUCUUCAGGUGUUGAAAAUGCAGAGCAUGAAAAGUGUUAUAGAAGCCAUUAGAGCUGAAAUCGCCCUUUUCUGGGAGAGAUGCUUCUACAGCCAAGAACAGCAACAAGCAUUCAUUGCAUAUCAUUCUGAGGAUUUCACUGAGGAGCUUCUUGAAAUCCAUGAGGCUGAGGUCAGGGCUCUGAAGAAAUGUUAUGAAGACCACAGAGAACUCUUUGAGGGGGUCCAUAAAUGGCAGGAGAGCUGGACCCUGUACUUGGAGCUUGAUAAAAAGGCAAAUGACCCCACAAGGUUCAACAACAGGGGUGGAAACCUUCUGAAAGAAGAGAAGCAGAGGACUGACCUGCAGAAAAGCUUACCAAAGCUGGAAAAAGUUCUGAAAGCCCAAAUAGAUAUUUGGGAGCAAGAAAACGGCAAAGAAUUCCAGGUCAAUGGACAGAAAUUCCUGGAAUAUGUUCAGCAGCAGUGGGAUAACCAUCACACUGAGAAGGAGAAAGAAAAACUGGAGAGGCAACUAAAGAAAACUAAACAGACACAGGAGGACAUGUUGUAUGGGACUACCAUGAGAACACCAUCAAAGAGGCGGAUAGCAGGGACUCCCACACCUGGAAAAAUGAGAAAGCUUAAUGGCACCUCGACUAUGUCCACUCCAAACAGCUUCCUGUGUUCAGGCCUCGGUGGAACCAUGUGCCAGUCCUCCAUCCAGAAACCCCCUCUGUCUGCAAGCAAGGGUCUUGGCUUGCGAACCCCUGGACAUGCAAGGACUCCCCGUUUACUCGACCGAAACAAGGAAAACAUCUCUCAUCUCAAUAGGAACACUCCGAGUGGCACACUAAGGUCUCAGGAUACUCAAGAUCACACCUUCACCUUUAACUCUAUUGCUGGCUCCUAUACGGAAUUUGCGAGAGACCUCUCAAAAGCAUCUAAAUCAAAUAUGAAGUCAGGACUGCUGAACUCCACCGUCAGUCAUCAGUGAUGGAUCAAAGCUGCCUCCAAACACUGCCAUAGUUUGGUGCAGUUUUAUAUGGUGGGCAGAAGGAGGACUUCAUUGAAACUUCUUACAAAAAUUGUAAAUAUUUAAAUCUCUGUCAACAUCUUUUCUUUGUCUGUCCUGUUCUAGAUUUUUUAUUUCAGGGUUACUGCUGAAUUUUUCUCUGCUGUAAGUUUUUUUGGCAGGUUAGCUGUGUUUGUACCAGUGCAUUGAGCUUUUUAUUUUACUUUUUUCAAAGGAUUUUACAGCCUUUUAAGCGAAACAUUACCAUAUCUAGAGCACUACAUUGUGUUAGUAGUGUAGCAGUAGCCAGUACUCAGUGAUUUUCUAUUUUUAGCUGGAAUGACAGCUCUGCACAAACAUCACAUUUUAAGUGCUU